AUGUUGUUCAAAUCGCUACUUUCAACAACUUUACUAGCUGCCACUUCAUUAAUUGGUACUGCUGCUGCUGCUGAAGAAUUGCCCACAGUUGAAAUUGUUGGUAACAAGUUUUUUUACUCAAACAAUGGUUCUCAAUUUUUUAUGAGAGGUAUUGCCUACCAACAAAAUAACUUGAAUUCUUCGGAUUCAUUUAAGGAUCCAUUGGCUGACCCAGAAACUUGUAAAAGAGAUAUUCCUUAUUUAGCUGCUGUCAAUACCAAUGUUAUUAGAGUCUAUGCUUUAGAUAUUGAAGCUGAUCACACUGAAUGUAUGGAAGCUUUACAAGAAGCUGGUAUUUACAUUAUUGCUGAUUUAUCACAACCAGACGAAUCUAUCAAUAGAAAAGAUCCUCAAUGGACCUUGGACUUGUUUCAAAGAUAUACUGGUGUUGUUGAUGCUUUCCACAAUUAUACCAAUGUUUUGGGUUUCUUUGCUGGUAACGAAGUCACCAAUGAUGAUACAAACACUGAUGCUUCUGCUUUUGUUAAAGCUGCCAUUAGGGAUACAAAGGCUUAUAUGAAGGCUAAGGACUAUAGAACUAUCCCUGUUGGUUACUCAUCAAGCGAUCAUGCUGCUAUUAGAGUUGCUUUAGCUGAUUAUUUUGCUUGUGGUGAUGAAGAUGAAAGAGCCGAUUUCUUUGGUAUCAACAAUUAUGAAUGGUGUGGAAAAUCAAGUUUCGAAUCAUCCGGUUAUGCUACUGCUACUGAUGAUUACAAGGACUUGGGUAUCCCCAUCUUUUUCUCAGAAUAUGGUUGUAAUAAAGUUUCUCCGAGAUUGUUUACUGAAGUUGGAACCAUCUUUGGUGAUGAUAUGACUGAUGUUUGGUCUGGUGGUAUUGUUUACAUGUAUUUCGAAGAAGAAAACAACUUUGGUUUAGUUUCAAUUGAGGAUGGCAAAGUUUCCACUUUGGAAGAUUAUAACAAUUACAAAUCAGAAAUUUUGAAAAUCAGUCCAUCUUCUGCUCAAGCUUCAGCUGAAAGUGCCAGUGGAACUGGCGUUACUUCAUGCCCAACUUCCACUUCAGUUUGGGCUGCCGCUACUGACUUGCCACCAACCCCUGAUAAGGAAGUUUGUGACUGUAUGGCCAACUCAUUAAAAUGUGUCGUUUCUGACAAAGUUGACAGUGACGACUAUGCUGACAUGUACAGUUAUGUUUGUGCCAAGAUUGAUUGUGGUGGUAUUAGUUCCAACGGUACCACUGGUAAAUAUGGUGCUUAUUCGCCAUGUUCGGCCAAGGACAAGUUGUCAUUUGUUUUGAAUCUCUAUUAUGAAGAUCAAAACGAAAAUGAAUCUGCUUGUAGCUUUGAUGGAUCUGGUUCAUUGAAAAAGAGUGCCACUACUGCUUCUUCAUGUUCUGCUUAUUUGAAAUCGGCUGGUUCUUCUGGUUUGGGAACUGUGGAAGGAUCAGUUAGAACUGAUACUUCACAAGAAUCCGAUACUAAUGGUGGCGGUAAACAAAACUCAGGAUCGGGAUCAUCUUCAGGAUCUGGUUCUGGCUCUGGUUCUUCAUCAUCUAGUGACUCUUCAUCUAGCGGAUCAUCCACUAGUUCAGGAAAAUCAAACGAUGGUGUUGCUGGUGGUUUGAUUGGUGUUUCUGCCUUGACCAAAUUGAGUGCUGUUGUUAUCUCAAUGGUUCUUGGAUUCAGUUUUAUUUUGAUUUAA